AUGGCCAAAUCUCGCCGUCUGACCAGGCUCUGGCGGAUUCUCACUGAACCCAAACCGGAGGACCACAUCCAAAGGUUGCCCGGAACCCUGGAACGCAUCGCCAGCAGCCUGAGGCAAACCCUCGACCCCAAUCCAAAGACAGGCCAGCAGUUUUCGGAUGUGCCAGAGCCUCCGCCUGGUCAACACAAGUUGAAACCUUCCGGCGAGCCCGAAGGUGCGCUUUCAGAGGCCAGGGUCGCUGCGAUGCCACCGGGCGCGUCUCAAACCUCACUCGACAGCAGCACUUCCAUAGAGAUGACAGGACAGGAAACACGACAGAAGGAGAAAGGACGGUUACGUCGGAAAGCGUUCAAAUCCCAACACCGUGGCAUCUACGCGCUUCAGAUGGCUUCGACGGUGUCGAUUACGGAUGACUUGUGCCCGUCGAAGAAAGGCUCGCAGGCGGCAGUUGAUUUUGAUGUCGCUAUCUUCAAAGGCUGCUCCAUCUGCUCGCUUAUCCUCGACGCCGUCGGCUGCUCGUGCGCGGCGACUUAA